AUGCUUGUCAAGUCUAUCGCCCUUUCCGGCCUGGCCACCGUCGCUAGCGCCCACAUCAUCAUGACCAACCCUGUGCCCUUCGGCAGAUCCAGUCUCAGCAACGGUCCCAUGGCGGCCAACGGUGCCGAUUUCCCUUGCAAGCAGCGCUCUGGUGUUUACAACGAGGAGGGUGCCAGCAACGUUUACGCCCAGGGCAGCAAGCAGACUCUCGAGUUCAAGGGAACUGCUGUCCACGGUGGUGGCUCCUGCCAGGUCUCCGUCACUACCGACCUGAAGCCCACCAAGAACUCCGUCUGGAAGGUCAUCAAGUCCAUCGAAGGUGGAUGCCCCGCCAAGGGACAGACUGGCAACAUGGGCAGCGACGCCAAUGCCCCCGUCCCUUACAAGUACGACUUCACCAUUCCCAACGAGCUGGCUGCCGGCAACUACACGCUUGCCUGGACCUGGUUCAACAAGGUCGGCAACCGCGAGAUGUACAUGAACUGUGCUCCCCUGGCUGUUACCGGAAACGCCGGCUCCCAGAGCUUCAUGAACGGUCUUCCUGACAUGCUGGUCGCCAAUGUUGGCAACGGAUGCUCGGUUUCUGAGGGCACCGAUGUCAAGUUCCCCGACGCUGGCAAGGACGUUGACCAGUUCAACGGCGCAACCAGUGUUUUCGCUCCUCCCAAGGGCUCCUGUGGCAAGACUGCUGUUGGUGGUGGUAACAGCCCUACGUCUGCUCCGGGUGGUGGCAAUGCCCCCAAGCCUACCAGCGCCUCCGCCCCCCCUGCUCAGCCUACCUCUGUCAAGCCGAGCCCGGCUGUGCCUACUAACGGCGGCGGCGCUCCUGGUUCUAGCCGUCCCGGUGGCAUCUUCAUCCCCACCUCGGUGUCGCCCGAGCCCGUGCCUUCCCAGAAGCCCAGCGGUGGUAACUCUCCUUCCGCGCCGGUUCUCAGCCCCAGCGCGCCGGCUCCCACUUCUGCUCCGGUCCAGGCUCCCACUUCUGUCCCUACCUCUGCUUCCCCGAACCCCAUCCCCACUGUCAGCAGCAACGCUCCCGCUCCUGUUCCUACCGGCGGAGCCGGCGGCGACGGCCACGCUCCCGGUUCUGCCUGCUCCACCGAAGGCUACUGGAACUGCAUUGGCGGCCAGUCUUUCCAGCGCUGCGCCAGCGGCACCUGGUCUGCCUCCCAGGGCCUGCCUAUCGGCAUUUCCUGCACGCCGGGCGAGUCUGCCGACCUCAAGAUGGCUGCCGCCAUGGGCAAGCGCGCUAUGCGCCACGCUCUCCGCAUGGAGGCCAACUAG